GAGAACAGGAAAUGGAUAUAAAGCGCCAGUCGCCAUCCCCGGCGGCGCCUCUUAUGUGUGGAUGGAAACGGCAGUGUCCCGCCCUCACGCUUCCCCUUCCACACCACCACAGAGAGAAGCCCCAUAACACGCCGCGCGAGAGCCGAACACCCCCUUCCUUCUAUCCACAACAAUCCAAUUCCAAUUCCCUUUACCCCCUUCAUCGAUGGUGGUAGCGGUGGCGGUGGUGAAUCUUGCGGCGAUCGGUGCCUUGGAGCCGUGGAGUUGAUCAUCGCGAUCUUUCUUUGUGUUCAUUCAGGUAAUUUGUUGGGAUCGGAUGCUAGUGGCCUGCGCUGGCGGAGGGCCCCUGAAGCCCUGCCUUGCAUCCGGCGAGAAGAGCGGCGGCCGUGGCGGCCUUCUCGGGGUCUCCUCGGUGAAGCGCCGGUGGUGGAGGAAGACCGGACUCGAUGAGGCUCCUCCUCGCUGUGCUGUCACCGCUCGAGCCCGGCUCUCUAAUUUCUUCUCUUCCCCUUUUGGGUUGGAUUCUCAGACCUCCCAAACUCAAGAUGUAUCCCAAUUGCUGUGGAUUGGCCCUGUACCUGGUGACAUUGCUGAAGUGGAAGCAUACUGUAGGAUCUUUAGAGCUGCAGAGCAACUGCAUUCUGCUAUAAUGAAUACAUUAUGCAACCCAGAAACUGGAGAGUGUGCUGUUCCAUAUGACAUCCCGUCUGAGGAUGUGCCACUGUUGGAAGACAAGGUAGUUGCUAUACUUGGCUGCAUGUUAGCAUUGCUAAAUAGAGGUAGAGAAGAUGUCCUGUCAGGUAGGGCAUCCUUUGUGAAUUCAUUUCAGGCCUCAGAUGUGAAUAGUUUGGAUGGCAAGCUUCCUCCACUUGCUGUUUUCAGAGGUGAAAUGAAAAGGUGCUCUGAGAGUUUGCAAGUUGCACUUGCAAAUUAUUUGGCAAUUUCUGAUAGCCACAGCACUGAUAUCUGGAGGCGACUGCAAAGGUUAAAGAAUGCUUGUUAUGAUGCUGGAUUUUCACGAUCUGAUGGCUAUCCUUGUCCAACAAUAUUUGCCAAUUGGUGUCCUGUCUACUUCUCCACUAUAAAAGAAGACAAUGUUCCAGAAGAUUCUGAAGUAGCAUUUUGGCGGGGUGGUCAGGUGACAGAUGAAGGUUUGGCCUGGUUAUUAGAGAAGGGAUUUAAAACAAUUGUAGAUCUGAGGGAAGAGGUUGUCAAGGAUGAAUACUACCUGACUGCUAUUAAGAAGGCUGUUUCACGAGGAAAGAUCGAGUUAGUAAAUUUGCCAGUUGAAGUUGGAACUGCUCCUUUGAUGGAACAAGUUGAGCAGUUUGCUAUGUUGGUAGGGGAUCCAAAUAGAAGACCAAUUUAUCUGCAUAGCAGAGAAGGGGUUGGCAGAACUUCUGCUAUGGUUUCAAGAUGGAGGCAGUAUGUAACACGAUCCUCUGUGCAGUCUGUUUCAACCCACCAGCUUAACCUGAAUGGAAAACCUUGGAAACAUGCAACGGAAGAGGGAAGCCAAAAGCUGCAGAAUUCCAUCUCAUCAGAAUAUAGUGAAGGAAUAUCUUUGGAAGAUGACAUCAUUUCACAGUCUUUUUCAGAUGCAUCUCCAAGUACUUUAGAAACUCAACAUCAGAAUGAAAAAAUGAAUUCCAAGCCUGCUUUAGUGGAUAGCUCCCUACCAAAACAUGAUAUUAAUGCAGGUCAAUGUUCAAACUUCUCUACAGGAAGUGAUCCAUUGAAGUCACAGUUUCCUACUUGCAAUAUUUUCUCCCGGAAAGAAGUCACUGAGUAUUUUAGAAGUAGAGAAAUUUCUCCUAAAACUUAUGUUAUUAAAUUGCAGAAAAGAUCCGAACCAUUGUCUAUUACAGGGGAGUCAUACAAAUUGCUGGGUCAAAGUAAUGGAACCUUGAUGGAAUCCAAGUUAUCAGGUCAAACACAGUCAGAAAAAUCAAAGGAGAAACCAAGUGAUGGUUAUCUCAAUCUUGGGGUCAACCCUAGUAGUUUUACAAAUGGAAAACUUAGCAAAAAUGUUAAUACUGCAACUUUUGAUGUAAAUGUGAAUGGUUAUCAUAAAUUGGGAGACAAUGACACUACUGAGCCUAGUGUUAACAAUUUGAGCACUAACUUCGGUGGGCAGGCUUUUUCUAUCACCUCAGGAGAAGGCAAAAAGAAGAAUGCUAAAAGUUCUAUGGAGUUAGAGAGUGAUAGUUUGGCUCUUGUUGGGGGAGACAUGUGUGCUUCGACUACUGGCGUCGUCAGAAUUCAAUCAAGAAGGAAAGCUGAAAUGUUUUUGGUUCGUACUGAUGGGUUUUCUUGCACCAGAGAAAAGGUAACAGAGUCCUCUUUGGCUUUUACACAUCCAAGUACCCAGCAACAGAUGCUCAUGUGGAAGUCUCCUCCGAAGACCGCAUUACUGUUGAAAAAGUUAGGGAAGGCGCUCAUGGAAGAAGCCAAAGAGGUUGCUUCUUUUCUGUAUUAUCAAGAGAAAAUGAAUGUUCUUGUUGAGCCUGAUGUGCAUGAUAUAUUUGCAAGGAUCCCAGGUUUUGGUUUCAUACAAACCUUCUAUAAUCAAAAUUCCAGUGACCUUCAUGAGAGAGUUGAUUUUGUGGUAUGUUUGGGAGGUGAUGGUGUCAUUCUGCAUGCUUCAAACUUAUUCAGAGGUGCAGUCCCUCCUGUUGUCUCCUUUAAUUUGGGAUCCCUUGGAUUCCUCACAUCACAUACUUUUGAGGAGUACAGGAAGGACUUGAGGGCGGUCAUCCAUGGGAACAACACACUAGGAGUCUAUAUAACUCUUCGAAUGCGUUUACGAUGUGAACUAUUUCGUAAUGGAAAAGCAGUACCCGGAAAAGUGUUUGAUGUUCUGAAUGAAGUAGUAGUUGACCGUGGUUCUAACCCGUAUCUUUGCAAAGUCGAGUGCUAUGAGCAUAAUCAUCUAAUAACUAAAGUACAAGGUGAUGGGGUUAUAGUAGCAACGCCCACUGGGAGCACAGCAUACUCAACAGCUGCUGGAGGAUCUAUGGUUCACCCUAAUGUUCCAUGCAUGCUAUUUACUCCAAUCUGCCCACAUUCUCUGUCAUUUAGACCUGUCAUACUUCCUGAUUCUGCACAGCUUGAGAUGAAGAUUCCAGAUGAUGCGAGAAGCAACGCAUGGGUUUCUUUUGAUGGCAAAAGGAGACAACAACUAUCUAAAGGAGAUUCCAUUCGCAUAGCAAUGAGUCAGCACCCACUUCCAACUGUAAAUAAAUCUGAUCAGACUGGCGAUUGGUUCCGUAGCCUGAUCAGGUGCUUAAAUUGGAACGAGAGACUCGAUCAGAAGGCACUAUGAUGGUCACAUACCAAACUGCUCCCCUGUCGCUUACAUCUCUGUACAGUACUAUACUUCAAAUACCAAGUUGAGUGAGCUACCCAACAACCUCAACUUCAUCCAAAUAAGGUUGAUGAAGUAUGUCCCUUGAUCUAUAGGCAAGAGAUGUCCAAGAUGGUUGUGUGGUUGUGAUUACCAUGAAUCAUCAUCAUUUGAACCGUUUCCCAUGAACAUGGUGUUGCUUAAAGAGUAGAGCUCAGUGCUGAUGACCCCAUGGAGAUUUCACCGAAUUCUACAUCAGGCUAUGGACAAAAUUGAAGUCCUCAAAAAUCGAUAUCAAUUACCUGGCCAAGAUCUCAUUCGAUGAGGCAGGGUCUCCGUGUUAGGCUGGAUGAAGACAUGGAUACUGGAAAGUGGUGCUUGCUUGGUCUCUUGAGUCUGCUGAUAAUUCUGGAAGUUUUCUUCUAUACACCAAGAACUGUAUCUUUUAGUUUAUCCUUUGAACAGUAUAUACAAGCAUGAAAUAGAAAUGUUGUGCAGCAGUUAAUACCA